GGGAAAAAAAAAAACCACCUUUUUUUCUUUCUUUCUACUUCGUCCUUUUCUUCUUCACGACUUGGGUCGGAAAAAAAAAAUCGCCUCUCCGUAACCGCAUUCUCAGCCCUAAUGACCGACCCAGAGAAGUUAACCGCCUUGAAGAAGGCUUACGCCGAUACAAUACUGAACACGGCGAAGGAGGCGGCGGCGCGUGUGAUGAUUUCAGAUAAGAAAGCGCGUGGGUAUCAGCAAGAGCUUGGUGCGGUUAGAGAUGAGGCUCUCCGUACAUGUCUUAGGCUUAAACAGAUGUAUGAUUCCAAGGUCAAGGAGGCAGAGAUGAUAUCCUUGAAGAAGCAGCAAAAGAUUGAGGAACUUGAAGCUCAACUUGGAGAAGCUGAAGAUAUAGUUGGAGAGCUAAGGAUGGAGUUGCGAGAGUCUCGGUAUCUCCUCGAGAGGUUGACAAAUGUUCGCCAAAUGGAUCUUUGCGACGCGGGAAAACUCCACAGUGAACCAGUUUCACUAGUGCGCGAGGAGUCUAGCAACCACGAGAGAUCAGUAGUGGCUAAUGUGAUCAAACCACACUUGAGUGACAGAGAUAUUAGUGUGAAGCGGUGUUUCUAUAAGGAGAAUAAAGAUCCUUGUCACCAUACUCUUCCUUCCAUACUAAGCAGACGCAGAGAAGCUGAGGCGUUGGACUGUAACAUUGCCAGUGGAGAUGACGUGGAGUCAUUGACAUCAUCCAAAGCAGAAGCAAGGACGGAGGAAGAGAAAGAGAAUGAUGUGGAGCUUUCUACUACAUCUGUGUCGCCGUCUGAGAAACAGUGUGAUAAGUUCACAUUAAAGAGGAAGCGUAAGAAGGGUGCAAGAAGCAGCAGCAGUAGCCCUGAAAGAGGAGGAAGUUCCUCUUCGCAAGACGAUGAGAGCAGAAACAGGAGACAAAAGACCGGAGAGAAAGACAACGGCUACUUGGAUUCCUUCAACACUGAAUCAUGUCGUGAUAGUCGUCGUGUUGCACAGGUCGCUCGCCAGCUUUUACCAUUCUCAGAGAAGAGAGUGUUGCAGCAGAGCCAGAGUGAUGAGGUUCCUUGAUUCAUAAGUAAUAUUCGAAGGCCCUAUAUCAUCAAACUGCAUUUGAUCCAUCUAGGAGAAAAUGGUUGAUUAGAGAAAUUAGCUGAAGUAUUAAGAUUGGUAACAUAUAUACACAUUGUCAGCUUAUAAAGCCAGUGGAAAAAAGGCUAAUUUUGGUCCCUAAUUUAGUUUCCUUCUCGCAUUUGGUAAUCUUUGUUUUGGUCAAGUUAUAAAUGUGAGAAGUUGGUAGCCGGGACCAGAGCAAUUGGCUUGCAGCUUAAGGUAGAGCCGUUAUCCGAAAAUGACCGAGUCUUGCAGAGACCUAUUCGAUUUAUAUAGAGAGAUAUACGACGUCGGUUUACUCUACCUUGUCUUAUCAAUAAACAACCAUAUGGUAUAACGAAAUUGUAGUUACCUCCAAAUCAAGAAGGUGGUUUUGGAAUAACGAAGAAAUUUCCC